AUGCGCUUCACUGCGAUUGCUCUCGCCUCUGCGGCUCUCACAACCACCGCCUUCGCGGCACCAUCUCCCGGCUGGGAGCACGGCGUCAAGAACGUCUGGAAUGGCAAAGGCUACGGCGGCUGGGGCAAGCACAAGCAAAAGGACUACGGCACCCCCGGCAAUGGCAACGGCACCACUCCUACCCCAGACCCUGGCAAUGGCAACAGCACCUGUCCUGAAGUCCCCUCAUUCUGCCUCACCGACGACCAAGCCGACGAGAUCGCCGCAAUCUUUCGCCAGCUCAUCUCAGGCUACACUCUCGAGCUCGCUCUCGAAGUCCUGACCGAGGACUUCAUCGACUACUCGUCCGCCGUGAACAUCAUCCGCAACCGAGGAAACGACUACCCCUUCACAGUCAACGCCCUCACCUUCGAGAACCGUGCCGAGUUCGUUGCAGGCCACGGCACUCAGCCUCCGAUUCCAUUCGACACCCUGAAGGUAUGGCACGGCUGCGACACGACCACCGUCCAAUGGCAAACUCUUCGCUCCGGAGCCGGUAACGCCAAUGAGUCUGACGACAUUCCCGUCGUCGGCCUCGGCCUCCUCAAAGUCGUCCCCGCCGAAAACUCCUUCGGCUUCCAGAUCAGCGAGCUCUACUCCGAAUUCAACUCGGCCGCCUGGCUCGUCAACAAUGGCGUCUUCACCCCAUCCGCCGUCACAACCUCUGCGCUCCCCACGGCGACUGCCGGCGGCGUGAAAGUGCGCAGCCUGCCGCAUUUGAAUGUUAUCUAA